AUGGCGCCCAUCCGCAGAUACCUGCGCAUUACCCAGUACUCAGUCCUAGAAUGCCGCAUCUAUGUCGAUAACCCGGUACUGGCCGAGAGCUGGCUCCUGAAUUCUAGAGACCCGGUUUUGCCUCGCGUCAUCGAGAGUGUCCGUCCGCUGGUUCUGCCAAAGCUGCGCGAGGAAAAGGAGCGCAGUAAAGGCAAAGGGGGGAAGAAGAAGGGCGUGAAGGAUGUUGUUGUAGAAGGGUGUGUACUAAUGUUGAUAGAGGACUUUGAAGUCUCCAUCUUCUUGACCGAGACAAGCACACGACAUUCCCUCCUUACGAAGCAGAAGCAUUUCCGAGAUACAGGAAAGAAGAAGGGACUACAAUCGAAUUCGCAGAAGCUUACCGGAGCCACAAAUGAUACUGCCAUCGAUAUCGAAGAUGCGCCGGUCGUCCGGAGGGAAGAGAGUGAAGAGGACGAGCUGAACCUAGAGGAUCUCCCCGCCGCAGAGGAUGUAGAAUCACUUUUCGUCGCCGACGAUGAAGGGUCCCGUCGUUCGAAACGUCACCGGGCUUCUGUCAACAUAGAUUCAUCAUCAGAAAGCUCGGCUCUUUCGCCUCGGCCCAAACGCAGGAAGGAGGACGAAGACCAUCCUACCGAGGAAGAGAAUGAUGACAAGAAGAAAAUGGCCAUGGAGACAACCUAUGAUGGCUUCUCAAUCUAUGGGCGAGUUCUGUGUCUGGUGGUUAAGCGCAAGGACAAGAGGGGCAAGCAACCGGCCAUGAGCGGCGGGCAAGCAAUGAUGGAGGAAUGGAUCACUUCCACACAAAUGCCACUUGCAGAGGACGAUUGA